AUGGCGACACGGGCACGCCGAGCUCUCAUCUCCCUCCUCGUCCUGCUGCUCGUCUCAGCCAGCGGUGUGGCGUCCAAGUCGUUCGCCAUCACCAACAACUGCGAGUACACGGUGUGGCCGGGCAUCCUCUCCAGCGCGGGCUCCCCGGAGAUGGACAGCACCGGCUUCGCGCUGGCCCCGGGGGAGUCGAGGACGAUGCCAGUGCCCGCGGGGUGGUCGGGGCGGCUCUGGGGCCGGACGCUCUGCUCCACGGACCCCGCCGGCAAGUUCGCGUGCGUGACCGGCGACUGCGGCUCCGGGCGGCAGGACUGCGCCGGCGGCGGGGCCGCGCCGCCCGCCACGCUGGCGGAGUUCACGAUGGACGGCAACGACGGCAUGGACUUCUACGACGUGAGCCUGGUGGACGGGUACAACCUGCCGAUGCUGGUGGCGCCGGAGCAGGGCGCACCCGCCGCGGCGGGUGCGGGCGCGGCGGGCGGCAACUGCGCGCCGACGGGGUGCGUGGUGGACUUGAACGGCGCGUGCCCGGGCGACCUACGCGUGUCGUCGACGACGGCGGGGGCGGGCGGCGGCGUGGCGUGCAAGAGCGCGUGCGAGGCGUUCGGGACGGCGCAGUACUGCUGCAGCGGCGAGUACGGCAGCCCCGGCACGUGCCGGCCGUCGGCCUACUCGCAGUUCUUCAAGAACGCGUGCCCGCGCGCCUACAGCUACGCCUACGACGACGCCACCUCCACCUUCACCUGCGCCGGCGGCGUCUCCGCCUACGCCAUCGCCUUCUGCCCCAGCACCACCAGCGUGAAGUCGGCCGGGUCGAACCCGCAGGCGCCGGCGGGCCUGCCGCUGAUCAACGGCACGAUGGUGUACCAGGGGGGCGACCAGUUCGCCGGAGCGGCCGCAGCCGCGCGGCCGCCGCUGGACCUCGUCGCCGUCCUCGCCGGCGUGGCGGCGCUCGCGCUCGCGCGCCCCAUGCUGCAGUGA